ACAGAGGGCGUAUUCUGGGGACUAUUGGUAAAACAGGUCCUCCCUCUCUGGUGACACUGCCACACACACCUUGUCACUCUCUUCUCUUGCUCUUUCCUUCUCCCUACUGGUUGGAGACAGCACCUAGACCAGGCUAUAUAACAGGUAACAAUCGGCCUUCUACGUGGUGCAGGGUGAAUACACCAUGGGUAAUCAGGUGGUAAGGGAUAAAUUUGAAUGGGUGUAUACAGAUCAACCACACUCUGACAGAAGGAAAGAGAUUCUGGCAAAAUAUCCACAGAUCAAGAACUUAAUGGGACCUGACCCGCAACUUAAAUGGACUGUUAGUUGCAUGGUGCUUGUCCAAAUCCUUUGUUGUUACCUCGUUCGUGAUCUGUCCUGGAAGUGGUUGAUUUUUUGGUCCUAUACUUUUGGUGGUGUGAUAAACCAUUCACUGACUCUUGCCAUUCAUGACAUUUCUCACAAUGUGGCAUUUGGAAACAAAUCAGCCCGUUGGAACCGUUUCUUUGGCAUGUUUGCUAAUCUUCCUAUUGCCAUGCCAUAUUCAACAUCCUUCAAAAAGUACCACAUCGAUCAUCACCGAUAUCUUGGAGGAGACGUCUUGGAUGUGGAUAUUCCCACUGAUUUUGAGGGAAGGUUUUUUUGUACUCCCAUACUCAAAAUAAUCUGGAUCAUUCUACAGCCACUACUCUACGUCCUACGACCUCUCUAUGUGAAUCCCAAGCCCAUCACCCAUAUGGAGGUCAUUAAUGCCAUUGUUCAGUUUUCAUUUGACAUGGUGAUAUAUAAUUUGUGGGGGCUGAAGCCUGUUGUAUAUUUACUAGCUGGGUCCGUUCUGUCAAUGGGUCUGCACCCCAUAUCUGGGCAUUUUAUUGCUGAACACUAUAUGUUUUUAAAAGGCUAUGAAACCUACUCUUACUAUGGACCACUCAACCUGCUGACCUUCAACGUUGGCUAUCACAUGGAACAUCACGACUUUCCCAGCAUUCCUGGAAGCAAACUUCCAGAGGUUCGUAGAAUAGCUUCUGAGUAUUAUGACACCUUACCUUACCAUACAUCUUGGGGACGUGUGCUUUGGGACUUUGUAUUUUGCAAGGAACUGGGACCCUUUUCCCGUGUCAAGAGAGAAUGUGAAUUGGCAAAGAAGGAAUGAAUGUCAAUGGACAAUUAAAUAUUAAUUUAUUUCUUGGUUAAUACAGCAAGUAUGUUCAUUUUCAUGGUUAUAAAGUGUUAUGUGAUUCAGCGUUCCCUAGAUAGGACUACAUGUGCAAUUCGGAGCCUCUUUAUUUUCAUACAUUCCCCGGUUCCUUGUCUUAUUUCUGGCAGGAGGCCAUGAACGAAUAGGUAAAACAUGUUGAAGUGCUAGGGGACUUUUUAAAAUUUCUAUACAUUUUUUUUGUAAUUUUUUUUUUUUUUUGGUACAGACACACAUCUUAAAAAACGGAGUGUUAAAAAAAAAAAAAAA